UACGCACACAGUCCUGUCCACGUGGCAGUUGCAAACUCCGACCACGCUUUACUCCGCCGUCUCAUUUCCGCCGUCCCCUAUCUUCCCAAACCCGGCGAAGUCACCACCGAGUCUGAAUCUCUCGCCGCCGAGAUUCAAGCCGAUAAAGUAUCAGCCGUCAUAGAUCGCCGUGAUGUCCCCGGUAGGGAAACCCCUCUCCACCUCGCCGUACGUCUUAGGGAUCCAAUCUCCGCCGAGAUUUUAAUGUCUGCCGGCGCCGAUUGGAGUCUUCAGAACGAACAAGGUUGGAGUGCUUUACAAGAAGCGGUGUGUAAUAGAGAGGAAUCAAUUGCUCUUGUUAUUGCGUGUCAUUAUCAGCCUCUUGCUUGGGCUAAAUGGUGCCGUAGAUUGCCUCGGAUUAUCGCUUCUGCUUCUCGGAUUUUACAUCAGACACCCCUAUAUAUUUUACAUCAACUCAGUCCCAUGAUAAUGCAAAUCAAUAUAGUCUCAGUCAUGCAAAAUGUCAUCAAACUAGUCCCUAAAUCAAGGCUCCUCUGCUACAUUCAUUUAUGAUUCUGACAAAGAAGAGUUGAUUUUGGUGA